GGUCGUGGUAGCCUUGAGGCGCUGGGGAAAGUUGAUGUUCAGAAUCCCUGAGCAGUCUUCACAACAUUUCCCUCAUCAUCACUGUUGACCAUCAUGGCAGCAGUAUCGAUAUCCUCCUCACCAAUCACACAGGUAUCCCAGCAUGCGCCCGUGAAUACCAGCCUUCAGCCUCAGUUACUUACUAGGCUGCUCCUCGACCUCCGAGGCAGACGUUUCUCGGUUGACAGAGAAACCAUCAUGAAUCUCCCCGAAUCGGUUCUUCUGUGUCUCUUUCCAAACGGGCUUGUUCUGAGUCGUCAGAGCCAAGCAUUCUCAGAUGGCGGGGACAAUGAAGAAGACGACGAGGUGUACGGCGUCGAUUUCGACCCAGAAUGCUUUGCAUACGUGCUUGAUUUCUUCAGAAACGCAUCAGACACGUUCUAUGGGACCAAUACUUCGCCUGGUUUGUUCGCGGCACAGCAGCAUCUGCUUGACGGGUCACCUUCAGAUUUUGGUCCCUCUGUAUCACAGAAUCCACUCCUUACCAAGCAGGCUAUCAUCGUGCUUCGCGAGGAACUGGAAUACUUUGCUAUACCGCCAAAAGAAGGAAAGGCUCUGACUGAUGAACAUGGCACCGCCAACCAGGCGCUUCUUGAUAUCAAGCACAAGUGUGGACAAAAUGUCAUGGAAAAGCGUAAUAUCUUUACUGCGCUUCAACGAAACGUUCACAAGGAGAACAAUAUUGCUGAACAACAUCUUAUUGAUAUGUUGUGCAUGAGUGGAUUUAACCGAGACGACGAAUGGGGUUUCCGUGCCAUGGAGCCCUCGCGGUGUUGUAUUUCUUCAAUCGCUCUUGUAUUACUCAAGACGGGCAUCGUACAUCAUCCUCCAGGACAAAACAGCGAGCGCCCGGUCACUAUCGACUACAAUCAAAUGGCUACAGCACAGAAGUUGUUAUUGUUCUGGAGAAAACCAGCGCGCAAGUGCUGGUGGGACGGCCUUGAGGUCGAUCUAGCUGUGCCAGGAGAGCCACCUAUUCCUGUGAAGCUAUGGGCAAGGCGAGUAUGGACCCUCGAGCUUAGCUUAGUCUAGUUGUGAGGGAGAUGAGAACUUUUGGACACGAACUCGUUUCUCCCGCGACCCUUCCUUACGCAUAUCAUCCUCCCCCCUGAUAUUGCAUUGAUACCCACCACGAUUCUUCCUGCUGCAACCAUUAAUUAAUGCCACACACGCGCCUUGACGACAUUUGCUAACAUCACGUAUCGGAGGGUCUUUGACACUUUGACUGAAUUACUAUAACUGGAGGCCAAGUCCUGGCCACUAAGUGACAGAAAGGAGUUGAUAACGACCUAUCCGAGACGGUACAA